AUGUUGAAAAAUUCUCCUCCCUCAGACUAUUGCCGGCUCUGUGUAAAAAGCUGUAAUGAUUACCAGCACAGCCUUUAUGAUGAGACAGGUCAGGCUAACUCGAAUCAUGAUCUGGUGGGCAAAUAUUUUACCAACGCAAUGUUGAAUAUGGAAUGGGAAAGACGACUUCAAUACAUUUGUGGGAUAUGUUGGCAGCACAUAUGGGAGUUCCAUCAAUUCCAGCAGUCAGUUAUAGAGACACAAAAGGGCCCAUAUGUGCAUAUAGAAGUGACAAAAGAAGUUGGGGAUGUUAAGAUAAAGCCAGAAGUGAAGAUAAAUCAACAGGCAGCACAACUGGAGUGGCAAAAUGCCCAGGAAUGUAGCGCCAGCAUUGAAGAUUUAAUUAAACCUACGGUGCUCACCUUUGAUAUAAAAACUGAAGAACCUUUGGAGCUCAACAGUGAUUAUGAUGGAAAAUCUUCUCAAGGCCUGGAACAGCUAACGGAUGAUGAAAUGUCUCUGAUUAGUACAGUAUCGACGAAUGACGUUCAAUCCAAUGUAGAUUAUAGCUCAAAUGAUGAGUUGCCCUUAUCAUCUAUGAGCCACAAUAAUCUUUCCUCUUCAGAAAGUAAAUUUGCUACAACAAAAAGGACUGCAGAGGAGUUUGAUAAGCUGGUAGCUUUGUGGCAAUCCUCCUUAGAAUGUGACCUUUGCCAUCUGCUGGUGCCAAGCUAUUCCCAGUUGGAGGAACACUUUAGAAAAAACCAUGCUUCAGAAGUUUGUUACCUCAUGUGUUGCCAAUUGAGGCUGGCAAAUCGUUACGAUAUCGAGAAACACAUACACUAUCAUAAUGCUCCGGAGAAGCUAAGAUGCGAGACCUGUUGCAAAGCUUACCGUUUGGAGAAACAUUUAAGAAACCACAAAAGAAUCAUCCACACCAGCAAUGGAGGAAAUAAAAAUGCCAAAGACAGCAAGAUCUUGGAAGGGCCAUAUCGUUGCUGCAAGUGUUCCAAGGACUUUGCAACGAACGCGCAUUUAAGCAUCCACAAUCUGGAUGUCCAUAAACCCAAGGUUUUUGAAUGUAACAUUUGCGAAAAAUCUUUUACGCGUUCAAAUGCACUGCGCCAGCAUAUGUCUAACCAUAUAGGCGAGAGAAACCAUGCCUGCUCCUUUUGUCCGAAGUCAUUUACCUGCCGAGCUUAUUUCUGCAAACACAUGAGAAAACAGCAUCCCCAAGAAUGGAAGAGGAUGCCUAACGAGCGGGUCCAAAGAAAGACUCCGAAGAGCUAUCGACUUGAAACUCGGGGAGAGAGUAAGGUCUAUGUUUGCUUUUAUUGUUCCAAGGAGUAUGAAAAGCUCCAUUCUAUACGCCAACAUCUCUAUCGAAGGCAUGGAAUGAGAAAAUCGCGAAAAUCGAGGGUUGUACGGCCGAAGACAACUGAUGUCAGCAACAUAACACCAGAUGGUGAUACCUUAAAUGAGCUGGGCAAAGUAGGAGAAGACGAAGAGGAUUCAUUAAUGACCUCUAUAGAGGGGAAAGAGUUGAAAGAAGAAAAUGCAACAAGCACUUAUAUAAAGAGCGAACAUUUUUCAGCUGAUGCAAAUUCUUUGGAAAAUGAGGAUAUGGAGGAGAUUGAAAUGCCACAAAAAUUUGAAGAUGAUGCUACAGGGGAUAGUGACGAUUCUAUAGCAUCUGAAGAAGAAUUUAUUGAGCUAUAA